UUCGAUAAAGAACUACACACGGUACAACGACAGGACAUGAGCCAGGCUACCAAGCAUUAUAUCAGACACUCGGUCAGUAAGUCUCUAACCAACAAUCACUCGACAUCAGCCAGUGGUCACUGACUGCACUUGGAUAGUCAGUAGAACUGGCCGACUAUUACACGAAAAACUUCGUCGAACACAGUGGUGGAUCGGGUCAGACUCUCGUCACUGAAGUUGAUUUAUUAAACGAGUUUAAUUUUUUUUAUUUUUUCGGUUGUUGUUUAUUUUAUCAGAAAUUUUUCAUUAAAUUUCGUUCGUUCGACGAUCGUGACGCGAAAGAAAGUGUGCCGGAAGUGUGAUUCCUGUUCCUUGGUAUCUACGAUCGAGCGACGAUCCCUGCCACGAUUUUCGUUCGGGUUCAACUAAGAAGGUUCAUCAACGUGGAGCACGUGGAGGAAGAAUGUACGGAUCCGUGAUAAGGCGGAUACGAUCCGCGAUAAUCGGGCUCCUGCUGCUACUAGCGACUUGGAGUAACGAGCACAGCUGCAGCGGACUGCAAUAUCAACCCGCCGAGGUUUAUGCAAACGGCGAUGAUUGUGCCUUGAUCUUAAACCGUCCAGGAAGAACAAACGUCUUCGAUUACACGUACAAUUUGCUCCGUGGAUCCUUUACACCAGCAACAGCAUCGCAGACGUGCAUCACCUACGAUGCUGUGAAUCGCGCCUACGUGGAAGCUAGAAAACGCAUCAAUGUGGCGCAACCGAAAGGCAAGACAUGGCGGCCAGAAGACCUGGCCACGGUCGGCGAACUCCUCCUGGACAUCACAUCGAACCUCGUGCAAACGUACGGUUUAACAGUCGACGAGAUCGAGAAGAGUCUACCCCUAAUCGACACAUCGAAGACCUUGAUUCGAGAGGUAUGCCCAGCCUUUUUGAGCAACGUGGAGUGCCGAGCUGGGAAAUACCGAAGAAACGAUGGUCUCUGCACGAAUUUGCAAAAUCCAACAUGGGGUUCCACUUUGUCACCCUUCCAAAGACUUAUGACUCCACGAUUCUCAGACGGUUUAACGGCGCCCAGGAUAUCGGUAACCGGCCAUGAUUUACCAUUAUCACGAGUGGUGUCGCGCACCAUGCACCCUGACGAAGGUUAUCACGAUCACGCCGGCACUGUUAUGGUGAUCGCCUGGGGACAGUUUAUGGACCACGACUAUACGUUGACUGGGACACCUCUAGAUCCCCUGAACCGAAACGACCCGGAGGAAUGUUGCCAUCGACCACCGCACCUGAAGAAUCCUUACUGCAACGAGAUCCUCAUACCGGAAGAUGAUUACUUCUACAGGCUGUUCGGCGUGAAAUGCAUGGACUUUGUUAGAGCGUUUCCCGCCGUUCGACCUGGAUGCCGUCUUGGAUCUCGCGUGCCGUUUAAUCUUCUGACAGGAGUGUUGGAUGGGAAUACGGUUUAUGGAAUUAACGAAGUAUUUGCAAGGAAACUUCGAACCGGUUACGGUGGUUUGUUACGCAUGAACCCGGUGUUCUCGGAAUACGGGCUAAAGGAUUUACUCCCGCUCAAAUUGGACAUCCCCGACGAGGGCUGCACACGUUUGAACCGAUCCAUGUACUGUUUCGAAGCAGGUGAAAUUCGAGUGAACGAACAGCUAGUGUUAACUUGUAUGCACACACUGAUGGCACGUGAGCAUAAUAGGAUCGCGAAAACGUUGAUUCAAAUUAACCCACACUGGGACGACGAGACUCUGUAUCAAGAAUCUAGACGAAUAGUGAUUGCUGAAAUUGAACACAUCACUUACAAUGAAUUCCUGCCUAUUUUGCUUGGAAAAGAUGUUAUGGAGAAAUUUGGCCUUCUUCUGGAGAAAAACGGAUACUGGGAUGGUUACGACGAAAGUGUGAAUCCAGCAGUGAUCGAUGCUUUUGCUGCUGCAGCGUUCAGAUUUGGCCACUCUUUACUGCCAACAGCAGUGGAAAGAUGGAGUAAAGCUCACAAAUUCAUAGCUUCGAAAAGACUGUCUGAUUUAAUAAGAAGACCCUUCGACCUGUAUCGAGCUGGUGUUUUCGAUGAAUACAUUAUGGGACUGAUGAAUCAAGUCGCUCAAGCUAUGGACGAUUCUAUCACGCAAGAGGUUACGAAUCACCUGUUCAAAAAAGCCGGUGCGAAAUUCGGACUGGACUUGGUCUCCUUUAAUAUGCAACGUGGCCGCGAAUUUGGCGUUCCAAGCUACAUGGAGUUCAGAAAAUUCUGUGGCCUUCCCUGGGCAGACACCUUCGAUGAUUUACAUGGAUCCAUGCCAAAUGAGACUAUCAAAAGAUACAGUUCAAUCUUUGAGCAUCCAGCUGACGUGGACCUCUGGUCCGGUGGCGUGUCCGAAAGACCGCUUCCGGGUAGCAUGCUCGGUCCAACCUUCGCCUGUAUAAUUGCCACGCAAUUCAGCUAUUCACGUCGAGGUGAUCGAUUUUGGUACGAGCUGCCGAACCAGCCAUCGUCCUUCACUCUCGAACAACUGAACGAGAUACGAAAAGUGAAGCUGGCCAGGGUAAUCUGUGACAACACCGACUUGAUAGACACCAUACAGAUUUAUCCCAUGGUGUUACCUGACCACGAGAUAAAUCCACGAGUCCCGUGUCGAAGCGGUGUAUUGCCAAGCAUGGACCUGAGCAAAUGGGCGGAAUAUCCGACUGCGAGUCACGCUCAAUACCGAUUGGUGGAGGAGCACUUGCUUGACGUACCGAGACGGCCGAAUCGACCGGAAAGGGUGCGGAACCAAUACAACAGGGAGCAGGUUUUACGACUCUUCUAUGAAAGCAUUAACGGCAUUGCUUCGUAUCUGGGAUUCAGAAAAUAAUUCAGUGCACGAGGAACGGACUUGGUUGGAGCAUCGAUUGCACCGAGAUUUGAUAAACGGCAAUGUUUAUACCUGUCGUUUAAAUCGUGACAGAGAGAGAUUGUCGUAAAUAGAAUUGUUCUGACGAUCGUUGCGUUUAUUCGAUUUACGUAGCGGAUCCUUGUAAUCGUGUACCGACGAGAAGAGAAAUAAAUAUUUUUGGUUCACACCCUCGCACUGUCGCGCACGUUCUAGCACCUUAAGGCACCUUGCUAUACGAUGUUGAAGAACGAAUCGAGAAGGUUGAAGAUAGUGUAACGCAGAUACAUCGAUAUUCCUACAUAUUGUGAUCUUGUUCGUUUGGUAUAUUAAUUUCAAGUGUGAGUGAAAUAUGGUAGAUAGACAAGAAGACACGGAAUUUUAAAUAAAAAAUCUGUGUUUUAAUAUAAUUUGUAAUUAAACUUUGAAAAUUUUUAUUUUUCAAACCCGUCAAUAUCGUAUUAGUAAAAAAAAAUUAUGCACUUUAAAAUAUUUUUAUCUAUAGAGUGCGUCACUAGAGUGUUAUAUUUGUAUUAUCAUUUCUUUUUUUUAAGCUUUCACCAAUUGAAAGUUUAUAGUUUGAUAUUAUUUUGUAUGAACUGAUAAUUCUUGAUCUACCAAACGAACGACUAUCACAUCAAAUAUGGUAGAAGUACUUAGAAACAUACUAGCAUCGUUAAAAAUCACUGAUAAAGGCGCGAACACCCUUUUAACAAUAAAAGAGAUAAACUUCGAAGAAUUCAAUAAUUUUAUUCCUAACGUACCCUUAUCGUGAAAAAAAUUUUCGUUUAUGGUUUGAAAAAGAAAAAUUCGUGCCUUUAACAGUGCGAAUCAUCCCUAAUAAAAGUAAUAUUUAGAGAAAUAGCAUUAAAAAACACAUAGUAAUUUAUACGAUAUAUCCACCUAUCUUACUGUAUCGCAAUAUUUCUUACAUGCACCAGCUCACAAAAGUAUAAAAAAUUACUACAACAUGAAGGUGAAAGAAAUUUUCCAUUUUUUAUUUAAAUACUUUUGUGAACCUAUGUAUGUAUGUUCGUCGAACCAGUACGUUCUUUUAUCCGAAAUCGUCGUUGUAGGCGUAUUUCCCACCCCCACCCCCCUCAUAUUCUUUAAUUUUAAUACACAAACAAUAGAAAGGGCGUGAAAAAGAAGGUGUGCAGCGUGAAUAACAGCACUUAUCGCUUGAAUUAUUACUGUAUUAUCGUUUAUCGUGUAUUAUACACGUGCACGAUGGCUCAGGGAACAGGCUCGACGUUGCUGCGCUGAUCUAUUCGAACACGAUUUCAAUUUUCCAAAUUUCACGGCACAGAAAAAGAUAAUCUUAAGAAAAAAUGUAUUUUCUGAGCCACUGUACACACUCAGUCCCCGGUUCUUUCUUUCUUUUUUUUUUUUUUUUUGAUUGUAUUUUGUACAUAAGUACCGUGAACGAAAUAAAGUCACAUUAACAAGAGUGCCAUUUAUGGAACCUCCAUCGGUUUUGUGAAUUCUCCUUUCUCCACACGCACAAUCGAGCGAAAAGCAACACGCU